UUCACACCAUUGACACCUCUUUUUUUUUUUUUUUUAUCUUGAUAAACGUGACACAGUACCUCCGUCUGUUUAGAAGCCUCUUAUCACGAUUUGAGGAGCAGCUGUGGUGAACCUCCAGUAUCAUUGUCUCCAGGGGAAUAUCGAGUCACCAUGAGGACCGCUCACAUCCUUCUGCUCUGCAUCCUGGGAGCUGCACUGUUGGCUGCAGUCAACUGCGACUGUAAGAUUAUUUUGGAUUAUUUCUACCCGAGAAGAUUGAACAAAAACCUCAUCAAAUCCUAUCGCAUAACUGAUCACCGCUGCCCCAAGUCUGGAGUCAGUUUUGUUACAAAGAAAUCAAGUCGUCACCUCUGUGUGGAUCCGCGUCUGUCCUGGGUCGAGAACAUCAUGAGGUUCGUGGAUGAGAGCUCCUUUUAAACGGGUGACCUGCUCAUCAUGAAGACUUCUUCAUCAGUAAAAAUUAAAUCAGAAUGUUGUCUCCUUUCUUUUUAAUUUUGCUUUAUAAUGUUUUUUUU